GAGCAGGCAGCAAAAUUAAAGGCCCAGCUUGAGGCAGCGAGGGAAGCUAAGAAAAAUGCACCAGCUGUUCCUCAAGGUCAAGGUCGAAAGAAACAUGAUGAUGAUGACUUUGUGACCUUGACCCGAACUGAUAGGUCAGGGUUAGCUCGGCCUGUACCAGACAGUCAGCAUCCUGUAGAAUCGGGAGGAAAGAGGAGAAGGAAAAAGCAAAAGAUUGAGACACACACUGGUAAACAAGGGGAGAGAACUCAAUAUUUUGAUGAUGAUGACAAGUUUGACCUUAAAACACUGGUUGAACGAGAGAAAAUGGGUACAGCAGAAGAUCAAAACCAGAUGUUUGCCAGACUGGCUGGAAGGGCAGCCCAGAAAACGGAUGAUGAUUUUCAAGUUGAUGAUGUCUUCCUCAGUAAGGCUAAUAGAAAACAGUCCGAGUCUAUCCUGGAGCAAAAAGACAAAGCUGCAGCUAUAUACGAACAUAAGAAAAUGGCAGCAUCACUGGAGAAGUGUAGGUUUUGUUUUGGCAAUGUGCCAAAACAUCUUAUCAUUGCCAUUGGCACAAAGGUGUACCUGUGUUUACCAAACAACAAAUCUUUGUCUGAAGGUCACUGUUUAAUUGUACCAAUGCAGCAUGUAGCCUCAGGAACAACGGUUGAUGAAGAUGUAUGGAGUGAAAUACAGGUAUUUAGAAGAACACUUACAAAGAUGUUUGCAGAUCGAGACGAAGAUGUGGUGUUUAUGGAAACUAGUAUGAAGCUUAAACAGUUCCCGCAUAUGUGUAUAGAAUGUGUUCCCAUGGACAAAGAAGUUGGCGAUCUUGCACCUAUAUAUUUCAAGAAAGCCAUACAAGAGAGUGAGAGCGAAUGGUCACAGAAUAAGAAAGUUGUGGAUCUCAGUCAAAAAGAUAUCCGACACUCUGUUCCAAAAGGCUUUCCAUAUUUUGCGGUAGAUUUUGGUAACCAGGGUGGAUUUGCCCAUGUGAUAGAAGAUGAAAUCAAGUUUCCAUAUUAUUUUGGAAAGGAAAUCAUUGGUGGAAUGAUUGACGCUGAUCAUAGAUUAUGGAAGAAACCUCCAAAAGAGAAUUUUGAUGAGCAAAAGAAAAGUACUUUAGUUUUCUACCCUGUUUAA